AUGGCCCAUGAUUCCAUGGUCUUGGAGGAAGGCAAAGAUCGUGAACCUGCUCCUUCGAGUGCAUUGAAGUCGGGCCCCGCGGAAGUAGUGGUCAACGCCUCGGGCCAUAAGCAGGAACUAGAGCGUAACUUUAGUUUGCUCAGUAUCUGUGGCGUAGGUAUCACCACCGGGAAUACAUGGAUAGCCAUGGGCGGUAGCAUUUCCGUGGCUAUCUUCAAUGGUGGCCCACCCGGGAUUAUAUAUGAAUUUAUCGUCGUUGCGAUCUGUUACUGGUUUGUCGCAGCCUCGGUUGCGGAAUUAGCUUCUGCGAUCCCAUCCGCCGCGGGAGUAUAUCAUUGGGCAAGUGUGACGGCUGGCAAAAGGUAUGGCCGCCCAGUCGGGUUCUUCGCCGGAUAUUGGAACUGCCUCGCCUGGAUGUUCGGCGCGGCAUCGAUCUCCUCCAUUCUUGGAAAUCAGCUCCUUGCAAUGUAUACGCUCUUUCACCCCGAGCGGGAAGCGCAGCCAUGGAACGUGUUCGUAGUCUACAUCGUCUGCACGAUAUUUUGCUGCGCUACUGUCCUCUUUGGAAACCGUUUUCUCCCAUACACCGGCCACCUGGGCUCAAUUCUGAUUAUCGGAGGAGUUAUUGUGAGCAUUCUGGUCUGCGCCACCAUGCCCCGCGUCAAUGGCUUGGGUUAUGCAUCGGAUAGCUUUGUCUGGAAAGACUGGCAAAAUCAAACCGGGUAUGAGAGCAAUGCCUUCGUUUUCCUGGCAGGUAUGUUGAAUGGUGCAUACACGGUUGGGGCUCUUGACGUCACCUCUCAUAUGGCAGAAGAAAUUCCAAGACCAAGUCGAAACAUUCCCAAGGCAAUCCUGGCACAAAUGGUAAUCGGUUUCGUGACUGCUAUUCCAUAUAUGGUUGCUCUCUUGUACGCAAUCAACGACCUCGACGCCGUGUUAACUACGAACACCCCGUUUCCCCUAGCCGAAAUCUACUAUCAGGCGACGGGAUCAAGGGGCGGUGCUCUCGGUCUUCUCAUUGUCAUGUUCUUCCCGACCUUCUUGACAUGCAUUGGCUGUUACCUCACAGCGGGUCGUACUCUCUGGACCCUUGCGCGUGACAACGCCACUCCAUUCAGUCCUUGGAUGUCACGCAUCAAUCCCACAUUCCGCAAUCCCUUCAAUGCCACACUGGCCUGCGGUGCGGUAGUAGUCGCCCUCGGCUGCAUAUACGUCGGGUCAAAGACUGCAUUUAACGCAUUUGUAGGCUCCUUCGCCGUCCUCUCCUCACUCUCUUAUGUUACAGCGAUCUUGCCACAUCUCCUUAGUGGCCGAAGAAGCAUCAAUCCAGGCCACUUCUACAUGAAAGGCCCGCUUGGCUUCCUCGUCAAUGGAAUCUCGUGCUCAUACGUUAUUGCUUUUGUCGUCAUUUUCUGCUUUCCGUACGCGCUACCCACGGAUGCAGAGACGAUGAAUUACACGUCUCUUAUAACGGGAGGCUUGUCUAUUUUCGUGGCCAUAUGGUGGUUUGUGACAAGGAGCUCGUACAAAGGUCCGAACGCAAUCCCGCUGGGCGAAAUUUUACUAGCGCCUGAGGUACAUUCAGUGUGAACCGUCAAUACUCCGUAUAUAGGAACCAUAUAAAGUGCGAAA